CUGUGUAAUCGUACAUUUGCGCCGCGCACCUCCGCCGCCUCCGUCCGUAUUUUCGCAUGCGUUGUCACUACUACACUACCACCAGUGUAAUAAUACACUUUGUUCAAUCCGGGAGCGCGCACCGUGUGUACACCAAGCGGUCGGUCUGUCUCUCUCUCCGUCGCUCGCAUCAUUUCUCCUCGUCUCGAACCGCGAGCCGGCUCAGCGCCGUCCGUAGUAGUAGUAGUAAUAGUGACUAGUGAGGUACCGACCGAGUGUCAGUGUGUGCUGUUUGUGUGCAACGUAAUCGCCUUCUCGCGCGCGCCGCACACUCGACCUUUUAUAAUAUUGUUUUCAAUUAAUAUUCAGAACUGUCUGAAUUUAACCACCGCUGCCGAAGUUUUUUAGUUGUUUGCCGGUCGCUGUAAUUACGCGUGCACCCGACGGAAAAUGCUUAUCAGUCUUACCGGCGCACAAACCUACAGAACAUCAGGCGUAUCUCGUAAUUCACAAUGAUCACUAGUGGUCUCGUGGUGGACGGUGUCGGCCAUGGGUUGCCGACCCAUCUGCCGUAUAACCAUCCCGUCCACAAUCGUAUGUCGUAUAUGGAACCACCGUACUUGAAAGCCGUACCGGUACCGUCGUCACAAUCGGCCGAACCGGUGGCCUCCGCUACGCCAGAGUUCCUCAGGCCCCUGCCAAAACCGGCACCGGUGAACCCGUUGAAAGUUCCCCGGGCCUCGAAAUAUCCUUUGUCAUCGGACGGCGGCAAUUGCCGUCCGGUCAACUUGACUCAAGCCAAAGAACCACCGCUGUCGGAACAUCUCAGAAUGGACGACCGGCACCAUCCGUACUCAACCAUGUACGGACACCCCAGACUGUACGUGAGCGCAUCGCCGUAUCAUUCGUAUCCAAUGCCUGCGCCUUACGGGGUGUAUACCAGCCCGUACACGCCCGUCGUGCCCAGGGACACGAGGCACCAUCUGAUGCAGCCGCCACAAGAACGCAGGUACCCCAGCCCACCGACCAAGAGCAGUCGCACCAGUCCUCUAUCGUCGCCACCGGAACAGUUCAAAGUACCUAAUGGAAGAGAUAAGUCAGUUUCACAACAACAACCUCAACCAAAACUGUUGCCGCCGCCUCCGCCCCCAGUACUACCCCCACCAGCGGUAGUGACCACGGCCUCAGCGGAGCCCCCAUUGAAAAAGAUAAGGACGACGCCCGAACCGUCUUCGCCACCGGCCAAAACGUCCAACUUUACCAAAGGUUCGUUAAUACGGCUGGCCAACGGGCAUAUCAAAAAAGUUGAAGACAUGAGGACUGAAGACUUUUUGAGUUCAGUUGAAAACAGCGAUAAGCACCGGAUAGAUCCCAGCACGGUGGUCAGAAUCGAACCGGUGAUGGACGCGGCCUCUGCCAAAGGGAGCAGCAUCAUUAGGAUCACCCUCAGUUACGGCGACCAAAGAAAUCGGGUCGGAGCGGACAACAAAAGGACGUUGGCGCCGAGCAAGUCGCACCAAGUGGAGAUGGAGAGCGGUGCGGAGCAUCCUUAUUUCGUGUUCGGCCGUGGCUGGGCAUCCUGGAGCCCGUCCAAGACGCUGGCCAAGUACGGUCUGACGUGCCAGCGGUUGCAGGUGGGCGACGUGUGCGUUUCGCUGUCAAAACGUUCUGACGCGGCCGCUUACGGUAAACGGAGACAGCAAUUACCGGCCACCAACGCUGGCCCUCUACAACAGCCACCGCCGCCCCAAACACUUCAUCAUCAUCAACAGUCGGCCGGCGACGACAAGAAAACCGGCGGCCGGAACAAGAGACGGUGGUCGGCGCCAGAUCCUGAACCCGCUACUUAAUAACGAAAUACCGCGAAAAAUUGUCCGAUCGAUAUUAUUUUGUUAUUAUAUUUUUUCGCCUUUACAUUGUUUAAAUUGCCAUCCUCCCCCAACCCAAACUCGUGCCCUUCGUUGAGUGUUGAUUGAAUGAAUAAACGUUAUGGCAUUCAGUGCGCCAAGAAAUGUAAAUUAAAACAAAAUAUUUCGCCACCGCGAAAAUGAUUUUUCUUGGCUUUUUCGAGUGUGCUGUUACUGUCAUAACAUUCUUUUAAGAAAGAAAUCGGUUUUAAUGUACACAGUCCGCCAUUUGUGAUUUCUUUAGUCAUAAGACGCGAUAAAAAAAUCAAGAGUAAACGUUACGACAAUUUCAUAGAUUAUUUUUGUAGUGCCAAAAAAAAAAUAAA